AUGGAGCUGGCCAGGGAAGCUGUGAGGAAAUCACUUGUGCUGCUAAAAAAUGGAAAGUUGUCUACCAACGAUCCACUAUUGCCUCUUCCUAAGAAGGUAAAGAAGAUUCUUGUCUCCGGAAGCCAUGCCGACAACUUGGGUUGUCAAUGUGGAGGAUGGACUAUCACUUGGCAAGGACUUAGUGGAAACAAUCUAACAACUGGAACCACCAUCCUUGAUGCUGUGAAGGCCACUGUUAACCCCAUCACCAAGGUUUACUCUGAGAACCCUAAUUCGGACUUUGUCAACCAUGGUCGAUUUUCUUAUGCAAUUGUAGCGGUCGGAGAGCAGCCAUAUGCAGAGAAAUAUGGAGACAACUUACAACUUACAAUUCCUGACCCUGGCCCAAGUGUGAUCCAGAAUGUCUGCAGAACCAUAAAAUGUGUUGCCGUCAUAAUCUCCGGGCGGCCCCUUGUGAUCGAACCAUACAUGGACAUGAUCGAUGCUCUCAUAGCUGCAUGGCUUCCUGGGACUGAAGGCCAGGGUGUAGCAGACGUGCUCUUUGGUGACUAUGGAUUCUCUGGCAAGCUCUCUCGGACAUGGUUCAAGUCUGUGGAUCAGCUCCCAAUGAAUGUAGGCGACCCACAUUAUGAUCCUCUCUUCCCCUUUGGUUUUGGUCUUACCACAAAGCCAGCAAUGGCAAACUAGUAGUUUCUUU